AUUGGCCGUCCUUCAACCUGUAAUUGGCGGAGCGCAUAUUUUUCAAGUAAUGAGGAAUAAGGGUGUUGCAAAUUUCCACGUUAUGUUACAUCGUUGUUGACCAAACAAUACUUCAUAUUUAUUACAAAUGACAGUAGCAAAGCAUAAAUCCACAACUUCAUCUUGUUCUAUGGAAGGCCGAUCUUCUCUACCGGAGCGGUUCUCACAGCCCACCUCCGGUGAACCGAUGUGCAUCAUGAAAUCCGCUCUUGGGUUCAUGGUGCUUAUUCUACUAUGGAGUCGUGUAACCGUCGGUGACCCCCAGAUCAACCUCCUCCAAAAAAACUGCAACUCAUACAACGCCAUCGACGCCUCCGCCUUCGCCGUAACAUUCAACGACACCCUCGCCGACCUCCGCUCCUCCAUCUCUGACAGAAAUUCCUUUCUCUUCGCCACCGCGCGCCGCCGCUCCGUGCAUUCCAUCUACGCCCUGUUCCAGUGCCGCGGUUACCUCUCCGCCGCCGACUGCCUCGCGUGCUUCUCCGCUGCCGAAAGCCUCAUUCGCCGUUGCGGCGCCGCCUACAGCGGUAACGUCAUCUACGACGGCUGUUUCCUCCGCUACGAGACAGAGCCCUUUCACGAUGAAGAGGAGCUGAACGGGAACCUGUGCGGCGACCGCAACGCGACUAUCGGAGGAUUAACCGCCGCGUUGCAGGCACUGAUGGCGGAUUUGAGCGCCGCCACGCCGAGAAUCCCGAAGUUUUUCGCUGCAGCGGCGAGGGAGGGGGUGUUCGCUGUGGCGCAGUGCGUGGAGACUGAGAGCGAGGAAGGGUGCGAGCAGUGUCUGGCGAAGGCGGUCAGCACCGUGAUGCAGUGCCUGCCGGACGCCGACGGGCGGGCGCUGGACGUCGAAUGCUUCAUGAGAUACUCCGACGAGUCCUUCUUCCCGAUCAAUCGAACGGUGGAUCUGUCGCCUUACUUGACGAAUUCAGGAAGAACGAAAUCGAGAAAUAAGGGGGCCCUAAUUGGGGGAGUUGCUGGAGGAGUCGGCGGCUUGUUGCUUCUUCUAGGGGUUAUAUCUCUUAUGUCGAUUAGAAGAUCCAGGGAUCAACGAAGUCCUUCUGAAGGAGAUACAUUGGGAGGAACCCAAUUACAGGGGUCACAAAAUUUCCGUUAUAGGGAUCUAAAAAAUAUUACAUAUAAUUUCAGUGAAAAAAAUAAACUAGGAGAAGGAGGAUUCGGAGAUGUGUACAAGGGCCAACUUAAAAAUGGGAAAAUGGUAGCUAUAAAGCGGUUGACAAUUGCUGAAACCAGUAGAGCAAGAACUAAUUUUCAGAGUGAAGUAAAGCUCAUUAGCAAUAUUCAUCAUAGAAAUUUAGUUCGUCUGCUUGGAUAUUCUAGCAAACGUGAUGAUUUUCUUCUUGUCUAUGAGUAUAUGGCAAAUGGCAGUCUUGACAAGUUCAUAUUCGGAGAUAAACGUGGGUUCCUCAAUUGGAGGCAGAGAUUUGGUAUAAUUGUUGGGACAGCUCGUGGUCUUGCUUACAUGCAUCAAGAAUUCCAUGUUCGUAUCAUACACCGCGAUAUAAAAUGCAGCAACAUUCUGCUCGAUGACAAUUUCCAGCCAAAGGUUGCAGAUUUUGGGCUGGCACGACUUCUUCCUGAGGACAAGAGUCACCUUAGCACUAUAUUUGCUGGCACUUUUGGAUAUACAGCACCUGAAUAUGCAAUUCACGGGCAGUUAUCUGAAAAGGUUGAUACAUAUAGCUAUGGUGUUGUGGUCCUUGAAAUAAUCAGCGGCAGGAAGUGCAACGACAUAAAGCUCGAACCUGCGACUCAAUAUCUUCUUGAAUGGGUCUGGAAAUUAUACGAACGAGAUCAGUUACUAGAGAUGGUGGACGAAACCUUGGAUCCAAGUGACUAUUCACCAGAAGAAGUUAAAAAGAUCAUUAAGAUUGCUCUUCUCUGCACUCAGUCUACUGUUGCUGCAAGGCCAACCAUGUCAGAGAUUGUAGUUCGGCUGCUGAACCAAACUGAUAACGCUCUUCAGCCAACAAGACCUACCUUCAUAGAUGCCAGCAGUAGGGUUCAUGGAGAAGCAUCUUCAUCUGCUGGCUCAUCUUCGAGUUCACAUGCAACUCCACAUGCAAAAUCACAUGCAACUUUUUCGACCUUGCAAUUUUCUGCUCGUUGACGUUUGCGAUGAAUGGUGAAGUAAAAAAUAGUAUUCAGAACUACAUUGAUGAAGAUACAAGGUGCGAGUCACAUCUGUGUAGCUGAGUGUUUUGAGCUUAAGAAUUGGAUUGUCACAAUCCUUGUAUAAUUGUCUUCUAGUUAUGUUAGAGCAGUUGUUUAAACUGGUCUCUCUUUGGAAAGCUAGUUAAUUAAGAUACUUGAAUUUUAUCGGUCAAA